GUCACGGGUGAUUAUUACGGGAUGUUACAAAGGCCGUGUGCAUGUUUGGCAUCCUGUGCGCUAUCAAUAGCCGUUUCAAUAAUCAGCUAUUGAAUUCAACCUCGCCUGAGCUGUCGCCGUUUGUCAGGCCGUUUAGGCUGCCUGUACGUUGCUUAUAAUAAUGGAAGAACCGGACCAAGUCUUCGCCGCCGAAGCUAUCUUACAAAAACGAUUUAGAAAGGGAAAAGCUGAAUUUUUAGUGAAAUGGAAGGGUUGGUCAAAUAAACACAAUACUUGGGAACCUGAAAGUAAUAUUCUAGAUGAUCGUUUGCUGCGAUUUUUUGAAGAACGACAGAGAGAUCGGGGAUUUAGUACUGAACCUCGUAGGGGUAGAAGGCCAAAGCGUAGGGGUAGGCAGUUUGCAGGGAUCAAGCGUGCGUUUUCGUAUACGGAACUUGAAUUAUCGACACAAGCAAAAGCCCGCCUUCGUCCGAGAAAAGAAGAUGACACUUUAAAUGAAAAUUCUGACGAUAGCAACAGUGUUUUUGACAUAAAGGGUUUAGAUGAAAAUUCUAACACAUCAGCAGUAAAUUUCGUUGGGGUAACUCCUCAAGCGGACGAAGAGGAUGAGGAGGAGAAACGAAAAAUUGCCGAGGAUGAAGAACAAUUACAACUUUUGCAGAGUGCCAGCACAUGCGCAAAAAGGUCACGGAGCCAGUCCUUUCCUCAUGAUACCGCACUGAAGGUGUUCAAAAGGCGGGGAAGACCCCCCAAAAAUGCAUCGCUCAGGGGCCGACCAAGGUUAACGUCUAACGUUGUAUUAAUACCAAAAUCAAUUGAAUCUACUACCGCAAUACCGGUCUCACUUCCAACUCCCCCUCCCGUACCUCCACCAGCCCCUAAGGACAUUAUCCCGAUCGUCGAACCACCCCCGAAAGUGAGUAACAUGCCACCGCUUUGGCGGCCUACGGCGAAUAUUAAAGUAGAUAAUGUUGUAGUGACGGAGGUUACUGAACACGACUUAACGAUUACGGUACGGGAGUGUCCAACAAGUGAGGGUUUCUUCGGCAAUAGACCCAUUUGUACUGGAAUUGAAAAAUAUACAAUUCGAUGAUAGAUUACCGAAUCACUCUCAAGAAUUUAAUUAUCUACUAGUAAUAUUUCUUUCGAAUAUUGUUAAAUAUUCUUGUUACAUAUUUUAUUAGAUGCCACACAGACACACUGCCGUACUUCUGCUGUGCCUAUUUGGAUUAAUUCUGUUACGUAAUAAUAUUAUCUUAGGGCUAUCAUCGAUAAUGAAUACCGGGUUGUAUUUUUAACAAAGCUUUAAAUUGUUAGUUUACUGGUCGUCUCGUGAUCACCAAACUUAUGAUAUUUGUGUUCUUUUUGUUUUCUUUUUUACUGACAUAAAUUAUUGUUACUCUCUGGUGGGAUAAAGCCACACAAUUAAUUAUUGAGUAAAAUGGAUUGAACAUUUCUACUCGAAUGUAGCCUAGAUUAGACCUAGUCUAUAGGAUAUUGUAUAAAUGUAAAUAAAAUUGCAUAUAAAAAUUGAAUAUAAAUUUCAAUGAUCAAUAGGUAUAAUUUUGUGAAUCCUAUUUUUAUUUUAGGAGUAUAUUCGAAAGUGAUGAGGUAUCAUUUUGCUUGGGUUUUGUAUUUGUGCUAUAUUUUUUGAAAAAGUGUGAGUAAACGAAACAUAUAAUGCACAAUCACAAUAAUUAAGCUUUAAUGAAAUCAUUAGAUAUUAGAAUGUAAAUAGAUAAAACAUUCGAAUUUAUUUCGCAAUAUUUUUUCGCAGUCGAAUACUGAAUUUUCUUAUGAUGGGUAUUUUAUUUUUUGAUUAUAAACAAGUUCUUGGCCUGCUUUUUAUAUGCGCGCGUCUGUUUUAAGUUUUCAAUCGUUUCAUAAUAAGUCGAUAAAAUGUAUAGGCCUAAGCGCUUUUUACUUUAAUGGGUUAGGGAUGGGGACGUUUGUAAGGUAUUAAGUUGAUAUGUGUUAUGGGCUACAAGAGCAUUCAGUCGUAUCGAUACACAUGUUGAUUCCUAUGCAGAAAUAUAUAAUAAAUGAUGAUGUCAUCGGCAAUGACAA